AGGGAUGAAAGAAUAAGGCUGACAAUUAAAGAUUUUUUAAGUUGUACGCUUUACUAUUUUUAAGCGAGCCUUAAAACGAUGCAAGAAUAUAUACCAACUGUAAAAGCUUUCAAACCAUUAAAUGCAAUUUAAUUCAAACAUUGUGACUAGAAGAUGGUGUUAUUGCUAAAAUGGCGUAAAACAGUUGCUCCUGUGCUCAGUCCAUUAGAAUGGUUGUUGGUUAUAACACAUACAAAGUAGCACAGCUCAAACCAUAAACCGUCAACAAAUAUUUACUAGCUCUACCAAAUUGUAGACGCACAUCUUUUUUAAUUUCAUCGAAAGCCUGUUUAAAUUGAUCAGUAAUUCAGCACGCAGCAAGUUUAAAAAAGAAACGUUUUGCUGACAAAACAGUCAUAAGCAUGGCUUGCGCAAGCACCUCGAGAAAACAGGUUGACAACGAUACUCUAAGCUGCUCCAUUUGCACGGAAAUAAUGACGGAUCCUCGGGCAUUACCUUGUGGACAUUCUUAUUGCGGUCCUUCGAAAACCUGUCUAACAGCACUGCAAAAAUCGAAUGGCUUAUUACAAUGUGCCAUUUGCAAUGAAAAUUAUCGGAUGACAGUCGAAGAUUUGAAACCUUUAUAUGGCAUACGGGAACAUUUGGAAGAAUACUCGUCAGAAAUCAGCGCAUAUCAGAAAGAAAUCAUGGAGCUUCGGAAAAAGAUGGAAAACCUGCAGAAACAUACGUCAUUUACACCUCCAGUUUGCUCGCAUUCCUUAUGUGACAACUUAGUAUCUUUUAGGUGUAAAGAUUGCAAGAUUGAGACUUGCGAUGAUUGCCUAGAAUCAAAUCACGACAAGCACUCAGUUGUUGCUUUUAAGAAAUAUUUGAGAAGAGAAGUCGAGAAAAAGCUGAGCAAACUUCCAGCGAAAAAAAACUUUGGAGCAGCCGGUGCUGAACUAGUCUCGAAACUAGACAAAAAGUUGAGAACAUUAAGCGAAGAUCUUGUUCACUUCCGGACGUUGGAGACCAAAGUGCGAACGGUGCAAAAAACUGCCAAUGAGCUUUCGGGCAGUCUUACUGAUCUUCAAAAAUUCGCCGCCGGUACUGGAGAUUGCAGUCUUGAACUAAUUCAAAAAUUUCUUUCAGCGAGUUAUGAAUAUCCACAAGUAAAAAUUCAAGAACGUACUGAAAAAGGCGUUCAAACAGAAGCUUUUGUUCCUUCUGUCGAGAAGGAUAACGCCGUAGUUCAAUUCAGAUUUCUAAAUUUGAUAACGACGUUGCAAUCUUUUUACAAAAAAUUUUGGUCAGUUCCUCUCUCGCUCGGGGGAACAGUACUUCAAAUUGGCGUGAUGAAAAUUAUGUGUGUAGAUCAGAGGGUUCCCAAGUUGCAAAUUUCGUUUCGAACCUUAUCUUCAAUUGGAGCAAAAGAUGAUUUUAGUCUAAUGGUAAGUGUUUUGAACCAUCACAAUGGAUGUUCAUUCUUCGAGAGAAAAAUUUCUGGAAAUAAAGCUUGCAAUAUUCAUCACGUAGUUUGGGCAGCCAUUGAAAAAAAGGAAAGUAAUUGGCUGGAUUCUGGAGGAAACAUGACAGUUUAUUGCGCUAAAGUCUAAUCAGCAAUACAAUAAUUGAAAUUAAGUACCACAUCUUUUACUAAAAACAAAGUAUAUAAAAUUAUGAGGAGCAUAUUGUUUGCCAUGAAAUUUGAUCUUUGCUAAUGUUUUAAUUUUUACUAAUG